AUGGUGGAUAACUUCCUAGUGAGCGGUGAGGACACUUUUUUACCGUACGGUGGCUCCCCACCGGCAUAUCGCCUGUCGGACAUGGUGACUGAUGGGGGGACCUACCAGGUGAUGCCCUCGCCCUUCUCCGAGGAUGACCUGAGCGAGUCGUCCAGCCCUCGCUCCUGCUCCAGCCCCGACUCCCAAGUGCUCAGCUCCAGCUAUGGCAGCAGCUCCAGUGCCGAGAGCUCAGACAGCAUCCUGGACCUCCUGCUGUCCCAGACCUCCCUAGGCGGGGCAGGGAACGGGGCGACCAUCCCCAUGUCACUGCCCACCUUUCUGUGGGACUCACGGAGGGAUGCGCCAUCCCACCCCCACCCAGAGGCUUUGAAGGAGGAGAGCGUGGACUUUCCGGUCUGGUCCUUAGUGGACAUGGAGGAGCCGUCCUUCCAGCCCACCUUAGAGGAGAUAGAGGAGUUCCUGGAGGAGAACAUGGAGGUGGUGUCGUCCAUGAAGCAGGAGGCCCGGGAGGGGGCGUUGGGGCUGGGCCUGGAGGAGAUCUUGGGGCUGGGGGUGGGACUGGAGGUGUACAGGGAGUCCUCAUCCCCAGGGCCAAGGCCGGAGCCAGAGGCCAAGCAUUCAGACCAAACUGUGCCGACCGCGAAUGCCGCCAACAUCACCGAUACCAAAAGCACACCAGCCACAUCAUCACAGGAGUACAACGAAGGCCCGCACGACAACGGGUUCAAGAGUGGUUCAUUAUCCAGCAGGCCAGGUUCAACACAGAGCGGUGCAAAUGGUGGCAGCGCUGGGAUGCCGGUCAUCCUGCAGCUCCAGCCCAUUCAGAUCAAACAGGAACCUGGUUCCACGGUUACUCCUCCUCCUCCCCCAGUCGUCCAGCCUCCUCCUCAGCUGGCAUCAGACAUAAAAAUUGCCCAGCUGCUGGUCAACAUCCAGGGGCAUACCUUCGCCCUGGUGCCCCAGCUGCUUCCCUCCACCAGCCUCAACAUCUCCUCUAAGUUUGUGCGCAUCGCACCGGUGCCCAUCGCGGCCAAACCUCUGGGCCUCGGGGAGGUGGCGGUCGGGGGCCAGGGCCAUGGGCUGCUGGUGGGGGGUCAGAAGUUCCAGAAGAACCCGGUGGCGGACCUAAUCAAAAUGCACAAAUGCACUUUCUCUGGCUGCACCAAGAUGUACACAAAGAGCAGCCACCUGAAGGCCCACCUGAGGAGACACACGGGGGAGAAGCCCUUUGCCUGCACCUGGCCGGGCUGUGGAUGGAGGUGAGUGGGUGCUCAUUGACGACAAUGAUGAUGAUGAUGAUGUAUUACUUUAUGGAUUUUCUAUGUCAAAAAGCCUUCAGACAUUCAACGUAGUAGACAUACAGUGGCUUGCCAAAGUAUUCACCCCCCUUGGCAUUUUUCCUAUUUUGUUGCCUUACAACCUGGAAUUAUCAUUUGUAUCAUUUGUAUCAUUUGAUUUACACAACAUGCCUACCACUUUGAAGAUGCAAAAUAUUUUUUUGUGUGAAACAAACAAGAAAUAAGACAAAAAAACAGAACUUGAGCGUGCAUAAUUAUUCACCCCCCCCAAGUCAAUACUUUGUAGAGCCACCUUUUGCAGCAAUUACAGCGGCAAGUCUCUUGGGGGUAUGUCUCUAUAAGCUUGGCACAUCUAGCCACUGGGAUUUUUUCCCAUUCUUCAAGGCAAAACAGCUCCAGCUCCUUCAAGUUGGAUGGGUUCCGCUGGUGUACAGCAAUCUUUAAGUCAUACCACAGAUUCUCAAUUGGAUUGAGGUCUGGGCUUUGACAAGGCCAUUCCAAGACAUUUAAAUGUUUCCCCUUAAACCACUCGAGUGUUGCUUUAGCAGUAUGCUUAGGGUCAUUGUCCUGCUGGAAGGUGAACCUCCGUCCCAGUCUCAAAUCUCUGGAAGACUGAAACAGGUUUCCCUCAAGUAUUUUCCCUGUAUUUAGCGCCAUCCAUCAUUCCUUCAAUUCUGACCAGUUUCCCAGCCCCUGCCAAUGAAAAACAUCCCACAGCAUGAUGCUGCCACCACCAUGCUUCACUGUGGAUAUGGUGUUCUCGGGGUGAUGAGAGAUGUUGGGUUUGCGCCAGACAUAGUGUUUUCCUUGAUGGCCAAAAAGCUCAAUUUUAGUCUCAUCUGACCAGAGUACCUUCUUCUAUAUGUUUGGGGAGUCUCCCACAUGCCUUUUGGCGAACACCAAACGUGUUUGCUUAUUUUUUUCUUUAAACAAUGGCAAGGGGGAUGAAUACUUUAGCAAGGCACUGUACCUAUAGCAAACUUCCACCAUUGACCACAUAACAUGAUGAUUCUUCACAGUAUAUUGAAAUAGAUGCAAUAAUCUCAUCACACUCGUUAUCAUAAUUGUAUUCGGCAGGUGUCAGGGUUUUGAAGCUCAAGAAUUUAAGAUUUGAACAACGUUGCUUUAUGGUUAUGGCAGGUUGUAUAAAGAAUGCUUAGGUGGUUUUGAGUGAGAGACCAGUCAGUGAGCACAAGCUUUGACAAUCAUGUGUGAGAUAUGGAUUAUAGAUUAUUGUUACCGGAAGGCCUUUCUGGACGCAGUGAGGUAAUUAUAUGUCUGUCCACUAUACAGUACACGCAGGAUGUCAUGUUCCUCAAUGGAAGGAAGCCUUUGCACCACAGACCGUGACUGGCACUUGAAUUGACCUGUCUGAUGAGGUCAUCAAUUAGCGCCAGUGAGGGGCUUAAAGUGAGACUUCACAGGAUCCACAGGCCCCAUUACUUAUUAGUAGAGACUCAUUCUCUCGCAGCACCAAGCUAUCAGAUGAGGCUCAGUGUUCAUGGUGCUAAACAUGGAAUUGAGUUGCUUGUUUCCUUGUGGCUAUGUGGCUGUCACUCAACAUGCUAUUCCUUUAUUGCAGUGCCACAAUUCAUUCCCCACAGUAGCAGUGCUGUGAAUCAUUAUACAUGUCUAGCACUUAGUGAUAUUUCCCCUUGUGGAAAAGUUGGAUAACACUUCAAAUGAAGAAAAAGUAUUCAAGAAAGGAACGCAUUUGACUUGCAGAACAGCCCACCAUGGUCAUCUACAGUAUAGUCAGAAAAUAGAAAGCGAGGAAGAAAUGUAUUUCAAAUCAUUGUUUGCCUUCUUUCUCUUCUCCUCAUCAGCUUUUCCAGAGCUCUUGCAAUCUUAAUGGCUGUCAGGCUGCAUUCAAUGUGUUAAUUGGAGGGUUGUCAAGAGAUAUAAACGUGUUCCCUCAGAUUGACACUUUUUUCAGGCACCGAGAUAUCUGGGACAUGCCUCCUGUUCUGACUCGACAGCUGUGCAGUAUUGUGCAUGAGUGUGUGUUUGUGCAAGAGUCUGUGUGUGUGUGUGUGCGAGAAUAAGUGUAUGCGUUUGUGCGAGCGUGUGUGACUCUUGGCCCUCAGUACAACUGGCUGAUUUCCUGAGGACACAGGGUCAGGCGGAGAGAGUGACAGGAUCGGGUGAAAUUGGCUUUCUAAGCCAGGGGGAAUGUUAUUCAUAUGCCCUACACAGACCUCACUAAGUACAAGUGGCUAGAAGAGCAGGGACAAGCCAACACAUGGGCAAAGUAGGGAUCUGUUAGUGGUGUGUGUGUGUGUGUGUGUGUAACAGUGUGCAUUCUGUUCUGCCCUGACCAGGGAUCAAACUAGAAACCUUCUAGACAACAUCACACGCAAUUCAAAGCCAACCAUCUUAGCCAAUAGAGCAAAAGACUAGUUUGUCAUUGCGUGAGCGACAGUUGCCUUUAGAUCUCAGGGAAGGUGUGACGUCACCAAUGUAUUCCAGUCAACAUGCCACAGAUUACUUUCACAUCUACUACACGUACGUGCGUGUAUGUGUGUAUACAUGCAUGUCUACACUCUCCAUACAGCAUAUUAGUUUGUAGUGCUGAGCGAUUAGUGCUUUUUGAGGUCGGUUUGGUUUCAGUUAGAUUCAAAAAAAUUAUCAUGGUUUUCUAUUUCGGUUUCAAUAAUGUUUUUUAGGUUGAAGGCUGUAACAACACAGAAUAAAACAAUUAAUAAAAGUCCAAUGAUGGUAGUGACUGCCCAUUACUGCUUAUUAUACUGCUCACUUAUUAACCAUCAUUUAUUCACAUUAUUUUAAUAAAAUAUUUUAGUUGUUGUGUAUAUUACAUUUGUUUUAUUUGAUUACUUUAUUAUUUAAUUCCAAAUCAUCAUCUCAUUUUUAUAGAGCUGAUGCCUAUGCUGUAUGACAAAAUAUAAUAUAUAAAUCACAAUUUUAGUAGUUCUUCAAAGUAAAUAAGGCAUACUUUAAUGACUGCUGAAUACCAACUAUCAAUCACUUAGAUAAUGAUUUGUUUCAGGUAGAGAUACCUCGCGAAGCAACUGCUCUCUAUCCCUCUCAAUCUCACGUUCUUCUGUCUUCCCUCCCUCUCCCUCUCCAUGUCUGGCCCACACAGACCGGACAAGUAGGCGCGCGCAAUGGGUUGUCAUUGUAGUUAAUUACCACGUUUUCUGCGCUAAACUAUGUAUAGGGGCGGCAGGUAGCUUAGUGGGUAAGAGUGUUGUGCCAGUAACCGAAAGGUCGCUGGUUCUAAUCCCCGAGCCGACUAGGUGAAAAAUCUGUCGAGGUGCCCUUGAGCAAGGCACUUAACCCUAAUUGCUCCUGUAAGUCGCUCUGGAUAAGAGCGUCUGCUAAAUGACUAAAAAUGUAAAUGUAUAAUAUUGGCCUGUUGGAAACUACAACUCCCUACUACAUUGCACAGUUCGGGCUUGAUCUGAUUUCUCUCUAGAGAAACUGCGCAUUGAGCUUGCAGAAAAAACAACAAAUUAAAUGGAAUUGAACUGAUGUCAGUCAAUUAGUUGUUUGAAAAAUAACAACAAUUUCGGUUAAUCACUCAGCACUAUUAGUUUGUAUAGAAUCAUCUUUUUUUUAUUUUUUUUUUUACAUUUUAGUCAUUUAACAGACGUUCUGAUCCAGAACGACUAGGGUAAAAUACCUUGCUCAAGGGCAUAUCAACAGAAUUUUCACCUAGUCGGCUCGGGAUUUGAACCAGCAACAUUUCGGUUACUGGCCCAAUGCUCUUAAUCGCUAGCCUACCUACCUCGUUCCCUCCCUGAUAUGCUCAAUCAUUCAUGGACUGCAGUCCACUUCUUCUCCACUUACGCACACUGAGCAAUCUAUAUUCCUGAAAAGGCCACUGCAUCAGUCAAUUUAUUUAUGUUGACUUUGGCACCAACUUGGCAACCCGCCAGCGGCCGAGUAUUUGUAAUGCUGUUCCAGUAGAUGAGCUCGGCUGCAGCAGAAAUCUCUCUAGUAGUUAUCCAGGCAAUGCAUCUCGGCCCAACAAAGGGGGUCUUGUCUGUACACAAAAGACAGGAUUUAGUUAAGAGUGGAGGCAAGACGAUGGGUUGGGUGAAGGGGGGGGGGGGGGUGUAGAGAGGGAGAGAGAUAUAGAGAGAGAGUGGGCGAGUGAGAAAGCAUAAAGAGAGUGAGAGGGAGAAAGAAGGUAGAGCAAGAAAGAGAGAGUGUAUGAGUGAGGGGCCUGUUUCAGUUUUGCACACAAUCAGACUGAGGGAAACUGGUGUGGAAGUGAGACGAACAAUGGCUAAGCACUGAAUAGUUACCAUGACUGUGUGAUAGGAACGUCUAGGCUGGCAUACUGCUUGAAAAGGGAGAAGGAUCGGUGUGAGGUUUCUGUGCUAAGGCUGACACUCUUAGAAAAAAGAGUUCCAAAAGGGUUCUUUGGCUGUCCACAUAGGAUAACCUUUUUGAUUCCAGGUAGAACCCCUUUUUGGUUCCAGGUAGAACCCUUUUGGGUUCCAUGUAGAACCCUCUGUGAAAAGGGUUCUUCAAAGGGUUCUCCUAUGGGGACAGCCGAAUAACCCUUUUUUUCUUUCUAAGAGUGUACAGUCACACGUGCAAACAGGUAAGGGAACGUUGGGAGCACACACAAACACAUACACACACACAUGCAUGCACACCUACAGUAUACACCCUCACGUACACACAGUCUCCCAGUGUUUCUGUCUUUCUCCUGCUCUCUGUCAUAUGUCUUAUAUGUGUACACACAGCAAAAUCUAAUUAAUCCUCCACAUAUUUUCUCUGGAGCUGACAUUGCUAUCAUAGCAUCACAAGGCCAGGGGCACACACACUCCACACUCUGUUAUUCCUGUGCUUCCAGUCAGUCAGUCAGAGGAAUGAAGCAGGGGGACUCCCUGGAGAGGAAGGGGGGGGGGGGGGGUUCUUCUCAGAGUAUUGUGCCCACACACGAGGAGUAUCAUGGUUCAGGAGAAGACCCAGAUGCAGACAGUUUCGAAGUAACACAAGUUUAUUACAAAAACAGGGGGGCAGGCAAACAACAGAUCAAGGGCAGGCAGAGGUCAGUAAUCCAGAACAGAGUCCAAAAGGUACAGAACGGCAGGCAGGCUCAGGGUCAGGGCAGGCAGAGGUCAGUAAUCCAAGGCGGUGUCACAAGAUACAGAACGGCAGGCAGGCUCAGGGUCAGGGCAGGCAGAAUGGUCAAAACCGGGAAAACAGGAACUAGAGAAAAACAGGAUUAUGGGAAAAUGGUAGGCUUGACGAGACAAGACAAACUGGCAACAGACAAACAGAGAACACAGGUAUAAAUGCCCUGGGGAUAAUGGGGAAGAUGGCUGACACCUUGAGGGGGGUGGAGACAAGCACAAAGACAGGUGAAACAGAUCAGGGUGUGACAGUUGGGUCGGGGUCCGAGGGUGUAGCCGCGGGGCUUUAGCGGUGUGACAGUGCAUCCGGCUUGAUAUUCUUGGAUCCCGGUCGGUAGGAGAGGGAGAAGUUAAACCGGCUGAAAAGCAGGGCCCACCUAGCUUGCCUGGAAUUGAGAUGCUUGGCGGUGCGGAGAUAUUCCAGGUUCUUGUGGUCCGUCCACACAAUGAACGGAUCUUUCCAUUCAUCAAUUGGCCACUGCACAGUUUGGAUUGAUUGACUGAUUUUAUUUGUCAGUUAAAAAAAUACAUAUAUACACAAAUAUUUUUUUAAGUGACCGGGAUUGCACAAGUCGGGGACUUAUUUCCAUUGUGGUUCCUAUUUUGUACAUAAAUACAUAUACAAUUACACAGAUACAGACAUUACAUAGAUACAGACACGUUACAGAGAUAGAGAUGGAACAAAUGCUCAACCUCCAGAUGAGUAUGAGGGGGGAGUUUAAAUACUAUUCUUACAAGCUUGUUUGGCUGGUAGCUUAUUCUUUAGAUGUUUGGGGCUGCUGGUGAACCAUGAUGUGCAGGCAUAAUUAAAGUCAUACUGGACUGGCGCACUUGCCAGAGUCUUUAGGGUGUCUAUAGGUAGGUUUCCAACCAACUGGCGACAGAUUUUCAUGUGAAUAUUCUAAAAUCUUCAUUAAAAAUAAUAUGCCAUUUCAGUUUCCUUUAGGAAAAUUUGGCGCCGGACAACAUGACAGGGAAGAUUUUAAUUUACAGGACAUUUGAGAAAUGUAAUGGACAUCCAUAUGCAUUCAGAUCCAACCUGGCGCAGCCAGCGCCAUCAAUACAUGAGGGAUGUUGGCCAAAUGAGCCACAUUUAAAAACAUCCUAUAACAAAUUACAAAAACACUAUUCUUUGUGUUUCGAUGUGUAGCAGACACAAAACUUUAUAGCCUGUAUAUUUUUGGGUGGGAGGGGGUGGGGGGCUACUUUCCGAAAAAAAAAUGUGUCCACUUCACGGUUCAGCUGUCAGAGAUUUUAGCACUAAAUGUAUCAGGGUAUUGCAUGCAUAGGCCUAUAGGCUUAGGUGUCCACUGUAUGAUAUUAAUAUUUGAAUAAAUAAAUAUACAGUGCCUUCGGAAAGUAUUCAGACCCCUUGACAUUUUCCACAUUUUGUUACAUUACAGCUUUAUAAUACACACAAUACCCCAUAAUGACAAAGCGAAAACAGGUUUUUAGAACUUUUUGCAACUGUAGCUCAGUUGAUAGAGCAUGGCGCUUGCAAUGCCAGGGUUGUGGGUUCGUUUCCCACGGGGUGCCAGUAUGAAAAAUGUAUGCACUCACUAACUGUAAGUCGCUCUGGAUAAGAGCGUCUGCUAAAUGACUAAAAUGUAAAAUGUAAAUUUACGUAAGUAUUCAGACCCUUUGCUAUGAGACUCAAAAUUGAGCUCAGGUGCAUCUUGUUUUCCAUUGAUCAUCCUUGAGAUGUUUCUACAACUUCAUUGGAGUCCACCUGUGGUAAAUUCAAUUGAUUCGGAAAGGCACACACUUUUCUAUAGAAGUUCCCACAGUUGACAGUGCAUGUCAAAGUAAAAACCAAGCCAUGAGGUCAAAGGAAUUGUCCAUAGAGCUCUGAGACACGAUUGUGUCGAGACACAGAUCUGGGGAAGGGUACCAAAAAAUUCUGUAGCAUUGAAGGUCCCCAAGAACACAGUGGCCUCCAUCCUUCUUAAAUGGAAGAAGUUUGGAACCACCAAGACUCUUCCUAGAGCUGGCUGCCCAGCCAAACAGAACAAUCGGGGGAGAAGGGCCUUGGUCAGGGAGGUGACCAAGAACCCGAUAGUCACUCUGACAGAGCUCUAGAGUUCCUCUGUGGAGAUGGGAGAACCUUCCAGAAGGACAACCAUCUCUGCAGCACUCCACCAAUCAGGCCUUUAUGGUAGAGUGGCCAGACGGAAGCCACUCCUCAGUCAAAGGCACAUGACAGCCCGCUUGGAGUUUGCCAAAAGGCACCUAAAGACUCUCAGACCAUGUGAAACCUGAUGAAACCAAGAUUUAACUCUUUGGCCUGACUGCCAAGCGUCACGUCUGGAGAGAACCUGGCACCAUCCCUACGGUGAAGCAUGGUGGUGGCAGAAUCAUGCUGUGGGGAUGUUUUACAGUGGCAGGGACUGGGAGAAUAGUCAGGAUCGAGUCAAAGAUGAACAGUGCAAAGUACAGAGAGAUCCUUGACGAAAACCUGCUCCAGAGCGCUCAGGACCUCAGACUGGGGAGAAGGUUCUCCUUCCAACAGGACAACGACCCUAAGCACACAGCCAAGACAACGCAGGAGUGGCUUCGGGACAAGUCUCAGAAUGUCCUUGAGUGGCCCAGACAGAGCCCGGACUUGAACCCGAUCUAACAUCUCUGGAGAGACCUGAAAAUAGUUGUGCAGAAAUGCUCCCCAUCCAAGCUGACAGAGCUUGAGAGGAUCUGCAGAGAAGAACAAAUACAGGUAUGCCAAGCUUGUAGCGUCAUACCCAAGAAGACUCAAGGCUGUAAUUGCUGCCAAAGGUGCUUCAACAAAGUACUGAGUAAAGGGUCUGAAUACUUAUGUAAAUAUGGAAAAGGUCUGAAUACUUUCCGAAGACACUGUAUGUAGCCUAUAUAAAGGAAGAGAAGCUUAGGCCUAACCCCAGAGAGAUAGAGAUAUGCCAGUGGCAUGCUACGACAACGACAUAUAUUCAUUUAUGACAGAUGGCUACUGCGUCUGAUGUUGAUGUACAGAAGGAGGGUAUUUCGUACAUUUUCUAUCCAAAUAUUUUGUAUAAAGAUAAGCAUUAUAUUGUUAGAUUAUAGGAGAGGAGUUACUCUGGUAGGCCUGAAACAGUCUUCCUCACUUCAAGUUCAUCUGUCGGAGUUAGUUGGAGCGCCGGGGCCCACUGCCUUCAUAUCAUAGGCCUGUAGUAUCUAAAGCUUAAUAAUAGCCACACCAUACCAAAUCUUAACAAACGUUUUAUUAGGGUAAUAAGUAAGUCAAGCCAUUGUUCAUAGGGAAAAUACAACCAGAAGAGCGAAUAUAAACACCUCCCUCCCCCUGUGCCCAAUAAAAAAACACACAACUCUCCCUAAAGCUAAAAAAAUAGUUUUACAACCCUCCCCUAUUUUGGACCACCCCUACUCUUAGUAAAUUUCGAUCUGUCCCUUAGCUUAGCCUUAGCCAUGUGUUUUAAGCUAAUUAUUUUGCAUUGUUAGCGUUACUUUAGGGUUCAUCCAUGUACUUUAAGCUAGCUGUACAGUAACUAUUCAGCAAUGACAUAUAGUCUGGUGGUCUUUGUCAGGGAUGUUACAUAACUAGCGAGGCUUGGUGAGAUGCAGUAGGUCUUGCAAGAAAAGGGAGAAGCCCAGAUUUACUGCAAAAUAACACAUUGGUUCAAGCAGACGUGUUGUAGCCAGUCACUUAUUAUCGGAUACACUGCCCCAAGACUGCCAAAGUCAAAACGUGUCAAGCUACUUGCUGUAAAAUGACUUUUACCAUCAUGACUGUACACAAAUCUGUAUAUCCUACCAUUUCGGAAUCACUGUCUUAAACAUUUGACAAUAAUAUAGAAUUAAACUAAAAGCAAGUUCUCUUGUAUGUACAAAAAUGUAAUAUUAUGGAAACAAUAAUGUUUUAUUCUAUUCUAAAAUGAUUGACAUCUCUCUCCUAUCUGUGUGUGUCUCUCCCAGAUUCUCACGGUCGGAUGAGCUGUCGCGGCACCGGCGGUCCCACUCAGGGGUCAAACCCUACCAGUGUCCCGUGUGUGAGAAGAAAUUUGCCCGCAGUGACCAUCUGUCAAAACACAUCAAAGUCCAUCGCUUUCCACGAAGCCGGACACUGCGCACAGCAAACUGA